AUGUUGAGUUCCCGACAUGCUGUUUCUGCCAGCCCCAGCAGCCACAAUUCUGAAUCUGUUCCCGACAUGCUGCUCCUGCCAGCCUCAGCAGCCACAAUUCUGAAUCUGCAGGAGCCUCAGGCUCCCCCGCUGAGCUCCCCGGGUCGGUCCGCUGGUCUGCGCCUCGCUGGGCUCCUCCGGGCAGACCACUUCCCCCCCCCACCCCCUCCACCUCCCCCACCUCGCCGCCGCCCCCCCACCUCGCCGCCGCGCCCCCCCACCCCGCCGCCGCCCGCCCCCCGCCGCCCCCCUCGCCCGCCCACCCCGCCGCCCCCCUCGCCCCCCCGCCCCCCCACCCCGCCGCCCCCCUCGCCCGCCCACCGCGCCCCCCUCGCCCCCACGCCCCCCCCGCGCGCCCCGCCCACCCCGCCGCCCCCCCGCCGCGCCCGCCCACCCCGCCGCCCCCCCGCCGCCCUCGCCCCCCCGCCCCCCCGCCGCCCUCGCCCCCCCGCCCCGCCGCCGCCCUCGCCCCCCCCCGCCCCGCCGCCGCCCUCGCCCCCCCGCCCCCAUGCCGCCGCCCUCGCCCCCCCGCCCCCCCGCCCCGCCGCCCCCCUCGCCCCCCCGCCCCGCCGCCCCCUCGCCCCCCCGCCCCGCCGCCCCCCUCGCCCCCCGCCCGCCGCCCCCCUCGCCCCCCCGCCCCCCUCGCCCCCCGCCCCGCCGCCCCCUCGCCCCCCCGCCCCGCAGCCCCCUCGCCCCCCCCCGCCCCGCCGCCCCCCUCGCCCGCCCACCGCGCCCCCCUCGCCCCCCACCCCGCCGCCCCCCUCGCCCCCCCCGCCCGCCGCCCCCCUCGCCCCCCCUCGCCCCCCCACCCCGCCGCCCCCUCGCCCGCCCAACCCCAGCCCCCCUCGCCCGCCCACCCCGCCGCCCCCCCUCGCCCCCCCCCGCCGCCCCCCACGCCCCCCCCCCGCCGCCCCCCCGCCGCGCCCCCCCACCGCGCCCCCCUCGCCCCCCCCACCGCGCCCCCCUCGCCCCCCACCCCGCCGCCCCCCCGCCCCGCCGACCCCCCCGCCCCGCCGCCCCCUCGCCCCCCCACCCCGCCGCCCCCCUCGCCCCCCCGCCCCGCCGCCCCCCUCGCCCCCCCGCCCCGCCGCCCCCUCGCCCCCCCCCGCCCCGCCGCCCCCCCGCCCGCCCACCGCGCCCCCCUCGCCCCCCACCCCGCCGCCCCCCUCGCCCCCCCCGCCCCGCCGCCCCCCUCGCCCCCUCGCCCCCCCACCCCGCCGCCCCCCUCGCCCGCCCACCCCGCCGCCCCCCUCCCCCCCACCCCGCCGCCCCCCCCUCGCCCCCCACCCCGCCGCCCCCUCGCCCCCCACCCGCCGCCCCCCACGCCCCCCACCCCGCCGCGCCCCCCCACCCCGCCGCGCCCCCCCACCCCGCCGCCCCCCUCGCCCGCCCCACCCCGCCGCGCCCUCGCCCCCCGCCCCGCCGCCGCCCUCGCCCCCCGCCCGCCGCCGCCCUCGCCCCCCCGCCCCGCCGCCGCCCUCGCCCCCCCGCCCCGCCGCAGCCCUCGCCCCCCCCCGCCCCGCCGCCGCCCUCGCCCCCCCCGCCCCGCCGCCGCCCUCGCCCCCCCGCCCCGCCGCCCCCCUCGCACCCCCCGCCCGCCGCCCCCCUCGCCCCCCCGCCCCGCCGCCCCCCUCGCCCCCCCGCCCCCGCCGCCCCCCUCGCGCCCCCCGCCCCGCGCCCCCCUCGCCCCCCACCCCGCCGCCCCCCUCGCGCCCCCCCACCCCGCCGCCCCCCUCGCGCCCCCCCCACCGCGCCCCCCACCCCCGCCGCCCCCCCACGCCCACCACCCCGCCGCCCCUCGCAUCCCCCCACCGCGCCCCCCUCGCACCCCCCCCACCGCGCCCCCCCACCCCGCCGCCCCCCCACAUCCCCCCCACCCCACCCGCCCCUCCACAGCUCUGCGGGACGUUCUCCCCGGAGGCGCCGCUCUGCCUCCCGGGUGCCCCGCAGGUCUCUCCUGCGCUCCCCUUGCCCGGGUGUGAGGAGGAUCCGGCCUGGGGACCUCCCGCGCUGGCGCCACUCUCCCUGCUGGCUCCCAACCCGCACAGGAGGCUCCGGUCUGUAGGAGGGUGGCGGGAGGGGGAACAGAUCAUGUGUGAUGCGCCCCACUCUCCUGAGACAGGGGUGAUGUCCUUGGCACACUGGAGAGGAUGA